AUGGACCCUCGCAUCGCCACAACCUCCGUGUUCCGGUUGUCUAGAAGUUGCCGGAAGAUUCAUAUCCGCCGUCGUAAGUCACAGGUGGUGCGUCUUGGCGGGAAGAACAAUGUCUUGCCACGUGGAGGUUUCUCAUUGAAGAAGAUGGUGAGGAGGAUGAAGCUAAGAUGGUUGAGGCUACACUACGUGAGACUUGUGAAGAAGGUCAAAGGGUAUUAUCGAAAUUUGGUCAAAGAGUUCGUAGAAGCAGGAGCUGAGCUUGAAGCUAUUCAGAAGCGAAUGGCGGUUGAAGCGGCUGCGUUUGCGGUUCCAGGUUUAGGUCUCUCUUUCUCCUCCAUGUCAGUCCAUGACCGAGCACGGUAUUUUCUUGUAUAG